AUGACCAAACGCUGCGUGCAAGGUUCGGUAUGUGGUCCGACCUUCUGGAAUACUAUUCUGGAUGAGUUACUUAACCUGCCCCUGCCUAGCGGCUGCGUUAUACAAGCUUUCGCCGACGAUGUUCUUCUCAACGUGAGCACAGAAUCUGUUAAAGAUCUCGAAACGAGCUAUUUGGAGACGAUAAAACGCAAAUCAUAUCGUUCACAGAAGUCAAAUAAGGCUAAAAUCGAGAUGAAUGGUGUUCGAUUAAGCUUUGUGGACGACAUUAAGCUUCUUGGUGUUAUCAUCGACAAGUGCCUGAAGUUCGUUAAACACGCCCGAUAUGUGUUGACAAAAGCCCAACGUAUAUUCACAAAUUUAAGCAGGUUCGAGAGACCAACAUGGGGUGUACACCCCGAAAAUAUAAUAACCAUCUACAAGCAAGUGGUGGAACCUACUAUUACUUACGCUGCCGCGAUAUGGGGUAAUGCCACCAAGUUUUACUACAUACGCCGACUUUUUCAAAUGUUUCAGAGAACAUUUGCUAUACGCGCCAUCAGAGCUUUUCACACCGUUUCUCUAACGUCAGCACUAGCCCUCUCUAGAUUCAUACCUUUACAUUUAAAGAUGUCGGAAUGUAUGAAAUUAGAUGAGGUGAAGAGAACGGGCACUCUCGAGCAUACCAGUGACACGAGUCUCCAAAGUCGUGUACAACAACAUCAGCAAUUACAUCCAGCCGAUCGUCAAACAAUUACAUACAGAACCGUGAAUACUCAAGAAGAACUUAACUCACUAGACACCUUCGACUGUAUUCAAAUAUAUACUAACGGAAGCAAACAGGAAACAAGUGAAAGCAAGGCCGCGUUUGUCAUAAGCAGACAAAUUAACAGCUGGGAAAACUUUAUGUUCAAACUCCACGAUACGUGUACAGUUUUUCAAGCAGAGGCACUAGCUAUCGAUCGCGCCUUAGAGUGGGCUGAAUUCAAUAUGACCAGCAAAACCCUUCAAGUAUUUUCUGAUAGUAAAUCAUGUCUCGAAGCGAUCAAAAAUAGAGGUAAUGACCUGCCUCUCAUCUCUUCGAUUCACAACCGUCUACACCACCUUAGGCAACACUUAGUCGUUGAGUUUUUCUGGAUUAAAGCACAUGUAGGAAUAGAAGGCAACGAGGCUGCUGACAAUUAUGCUAAACAAGCGUCAACCUUGACUGUAGACGCCACAUACUCGCAGUUCCCGCUGAGCUAUGCGAAACGUGAACUUCGUUUACAAACUGAAGCUAAAUGGCAGAAAGAAUACGAAGAAGCAAAUACCGGCAAAACAACGAAAAUCUUCUUCAAAUCUACGAGUGAGGCAAAAAUUUAUGCGGACGCCUUUGGAAUAUCCUUUGAGUUAACUCAAAUUCUUACAGGGCAUGGCUAUCACAAACAGUACCUGAAACGAUUUAACAUAACAGACCAAGGUUGCAGUCCAUGUGAUGGUGAAACAUCACAAACCUUGGAUCACCUACUACACGAGUGUCUAUGUUAUGCGAGCGAAAGACGGAGUUACACUCUACUUUGCGAACAUCAAAUCCCAGCAUUCAACAUGGUUGCGAUCAGUGCUCACAUACAACUCACUGAAUUCUUUAAGAAAUUAAUAAAAUUUUUUAAGAGUUUAACGCAUAAAUUUGUUCAUUUAGGUACAACACAAUUAGAUCUUAUGACCACAAUUGCCUGUAUCAAUUAG